AUGCAAGAUGAAAUUGAUUCCCUUCAUGACAACCGAACAGAAGCUUUAGUGCCUAGACAAUUGGAUAUGAAUCUAGUUAGCAGCAAAUGGGUGUUCAAAGUUAAAACUAGAGCGGAUGGUUCAAUUGAAAGUAAUCUCGGUCUUGAUUUUGUUCGAGCUCCUCUCACUGCACUUUGUGGCUAUUGUGAUGCAAAUUGGGCCCGUUCCAAUGAUGAUCAUUGCUCUACCACUAGUUUUGCUAUCUACAUAGGUGAUAACUUGUUAUCUUGGGGAGCCAAGAAGCAAGCCACUAUAUCUUGUUCCACGGCUGAGGUAGAGUAUCAUCUGUUAGCUAUAAACACAGUUGAACUUAUGUGGUUCAUGAACCUUCUAAAGAGAAUUGGGUAUUGCAUUCCUUCCUCUACACUAUUUCUAAAUAGGGAUCAAUUUUUGAAAGUGCUUGCUCCUAAGCGAGCAUCAUGGAGAGCCAAAGUGCUCGUCACAAGUUUGGGGGUUGAGGUAGAGGACGGAGUAGUUUUCUUGAAGGGAUCUACCACCCUGGAAGGUGGGGGAUCCAAGGUUGGACCGUGUGCAAGAGGGGUCGACCACUAUGAUGAUAGAGUUGAAAACUGGGCAUAUGAUCGGGGACCAAGGAGGCCAAAGGUGGAGGCCAAAGGUGGAUUUCCCAAGUUCAAUGGGGGGGAUCCAUAUGAGUGGUUGGACAAAGUGGACCAUUAUUUCCGUGUGUAUGAAGUCCCAAGAGAAGAGAGAUUUUCUACGGCAUGUUUCUAUCUUGAAGGAAAAGCAAGUAAGUGGUGGCGUUGGUUUCGUGAUCAAUAUGACAAAGAGAGGAAACGCCUAGGGUGGACGGCCUUUGAAAAGGAAUUCUUGAUGCAAUUUGGGCCUUCCCCAAUUGUCAACCACCAUGGGCAAUUGACCAAGUUGAAACAAGAGGGAAAAGUACAUUACUAUAUUGAUGAGUUUCGACAACUUCAAACCUUGGUAAGGGGUUGGUCCGAAGAGGCACUUAUUGGCACCUUUGUGGAUGGGUUGAAACCUUGGCUUGCCAAGGAGAUAAAGUUGAAACAACCCACAAGGCUACAAAAAGUUAUGAGGAUGGCGGAAAUACUAGAGGAGAGCACUCACAUUGAGAAACGUCAUUCUAAGGACAUGAGGAGCAAAUUCUCUAAACCUUUGCAAACCAAAGUUCUUUGGAAAGACAAGGAGGUGGAAGGGAGUGCAUCAAAACCAAAACCCUAUAAAGUGAAAAAGUUAUCAAGAGAAGAAGUCCAAAAGCGGAUAAAGAAGGGUCUUUCCUUCAAAUGUGGUCACAAAUGGAGCAAGGAUCACAAGUGCAAGGCUAGGCAAGCAUAUGUGUUGCUUGAAGAUGAAACAAGUGAAGUAGAAGAAGAUGGCCAUGUUGAGACAACUAGUGAAGAGUCGGAACAAGAAGAGGCCGAAUCUAGUGAGCCACUAGAGGAGGCCGAAUUAUCUUUGAAUGCCAUUUCGAGUGUACCUAGACCCACAUCCAUGAGAGUGAUGGCAUGGGUGGGAAAGUUUGAAGUGACUCUUUUGGUGGAUAGUGGAUCCACGCACAAUUUUAUCAAUGCCAAUAUUAUGACUAAGAUUGGAUUGAAGCCAUGUGCCAUUGAACCUUUUGAAGUAAAGGUAGCCAAUGGGAACAAACUUAGAUGUGAAGCACUUGUUAAAGAAGUGAAGAUGAAUAUGCAAGGUGUGCGAAUUGUGGUCGACCUCCAUGUGUUGGCAUUAGUGGGACUUGAUGUGGUGAUCGGCAAUGUUUGGCUCAAGGGCCUUGGGAGAGUUAUUCAUGAUUAUCAAAACAUGACGAUGGAGUUUAAACUUGACUCAAAGAAAAGAGUUUGGAAAGCCUUGACAUCAAAAGAAGUAAAAGCUUGUGAAGCCAUCACUUUUGAAAAGUUGUGCAAAGGUGGAGCCUAUUGUUUUGCCAUUAUGGUGGCCAAUGAAGACUACUUGUGUAAUGUGGAAAAGAGUGAAAAAGAAGGCAAUAAAGAUGACUUAAAGGGGCUGCCCGUGGAAGUAAGAGAAGUGUUGGAAGACCAUCAAGGAGUUCUAGAGGUGCCUUCUACUUUGCCACCAUCUAGACUCUUUGAUCACCGGAUUGUGCUUGUUGAUGAAAAGAAGCCGAUGAAUGUCUCACCGUAUCGUUAUGCCCAUUUUCAAAAAGGGGAGAUAGAGAGGCAAGUGGAUGAGAUGUUGAAGAAUGGUUUGAUAAGGCCAAGUACUAAUCCAUUCUCCUCUCCCGUGCUACUAGUGAGGAAGAAAGAUGGGACAUGGAGGUUUUAUACCGAUUAUAGAGCUCUAAAUGAGGCCACGGUGAAGGAUAGAUUCCCUAUUCCAACCGUGAAUGAGAUGCUUGAUGAGCUCCAUGGUGCAAGAGUUCUUUCCAAGUUAGAUUUGAGGGCGGGCUACCAUCAAAUAAGAAUGAAGAGUGAAGACAUCCACAAGACGGCUUUUAGAACCCAUUCCAGGCACUUUGACUAUCUUGUUAUGCCGUUUGGAUUAUGUAAUGCUCCAUCCACUUUCCAAGCCGCCAUGAACACAAUUUUCAAGUCCCUUUUGAGAAAGUUUGUGUUGGUGUUUUUUUAUGACAUCUUGGUCUACUCCAAGACUAUUGAAGAGCACAAGAGCCACUUGAGAAUUGUGAUGAAGAUUUUGGAAGAGCACCACUUCUUCAUUAAGGCUUCCAAAUGCGCCUUUAUGGAGAAUGAACUUGAGUACCUUGGUCACUUCAUCUCGGGAGAGGGGGUGAAAGUGGAUCAAAGGAAGAUUGAGGCCAUGGUUGAUUGGUCACUACCAAAUGACAUCUCGACAUUGAGGGGCUUCUUGGGGUUGACUGGCUACUAUAGGCGGUUUGUGAAGAACUAUGGGCUUAUUGCUAAGCCACUUACAUCUUUGUUGAAGAAGGACAAUUUUGUAUGGAUCCAAGAGGCAAGGGGGGCCUUUGAUGAGUUGAAGAGGGAUAUGACUACAACACCCGUGCUUUCGCUUCCUAACUUUGAGAAGCCUUUUGAAGUAUACACCGAUGCUAGUGGUGAGGGGAUAUAG